AUGAAUAGCAGCCAAGUCGAUAAGUAUGGCUUUAUCUGUGAAAAUCCACCUAAAAUUUCAGCAAAAGAAGCCCAAAAAGAACAAGUUCAGGUCCAAGAAUGAAAUUUUAUCAUGAAAAACUGAACCCAGCAGCUUGCUCUUAGAUUUGAACAAAUUAAAUCAAGGAUCAGAAAAGGGAUCCCAAAUAGUAUUCGUGGGCAACUUUGAUAUCUCAUAUCUGGAGCUGAAAUAUUCAAAAGCAAUUAUCCAGAAAAUUAUUAUCAAACUCUUCUGACUAUUGAUGUAAAUACUGAGGUAGAAAAUGAUAUUUCUGCAGAUAUAGGCAGGACAUUCCCAAAUCAUACAAAAUUUCAGACGAAAAAAGGCAGAAGAUCUUUAAGCAGGAUUCUUAAAGCAUAUUCCUUACUCGACCGAAGAAAUAAAAUGGUGACGUUGACGGAAAUUGGACUCCAAGACUCACCUCCUAUGGAGCUGGUAGGACCCCAUUGCUGAUGAAGCUGAAGAUACAGGUCUGUUUCCUGUCCUAAGUAGGCCUUCAGUUGUGGGGAAGCCGUGCCGAAGAGGAAGUUUUAUUUCUCCCCCGAAGGUUUUUCCUGUCCCUGCCAGACGGGCUAGACAGGUUUUUCCUACCACAUGGUCUUCCUUCAUCGGGACCAUCGGGGCACUCAGACAGAAGUGGCUCUGCCCAAAGGAGCUGAUCCCUUGGACAGGUGGUUUGACCAGAAAUCAAGAUGGCGUCUGGCCUGGGAGUAUGGCCACAUCAGAACCCGACCGGGAGUCGUCUUUCGAGCUGAGGUGCUGAGGUCAGUGGCUCAGCCGCUUAUGGCCUUACAAAAAACUAACUUACUUAACUUACUCGACCGAGAAGUUGGAUAUACCCAAGGCAUGGCAUUCAUUGCUGCUUCAUUUUUAAUUCACCUUAAUGAAGAAGAUAGUUUUUGGCUAUUUGCUUCUGUGAUGACACAAUAUAAUUUCAGAGAGUGCUUUAUAUUAAAAAUGCCCAAAGUAGAAGAAUCUUUUUAUAUUGCCAAUGGAUUAAUGCGGCAUUAUUUAUCAGGGCUAUGGAAUUAUUUUAAAAAUGUUGAGAUAAACGUCUCUAUGUUUGCUACACAAUGGUUUAUGACUGGGUAUAAUGUAAGCUUUAAAUAUGAAACGGCUGCAAGGGUUUGGGACUGUUUUUUAUUUGAAGGGGAAAAGGUGUUUUUCAGGGUAUUUUUGGGGGUCUUAAAAUUGCAUAGAAAAAGCUUGAAUGGGCAAAGUUUUGAAAAUGCGAUGGAAGUGAUUAGAGGAAUUGGGAAUAGGACAGAAACAGAGCUGCUAUUGAAGACUGCGUUUAAGUUUUCUCUGAGCAAGAAGCUGAUUGAGAGGUUGAGAAGUGAUUAUAAAAAUAAUCCCAAACCAAAAUAUCUUAUAGGGAUUAAUAGAAAAAGCAGAUAG